GAGUUCUUUGUAUCUGUAUUAAUUCUUCUCAAUCUUAGGCCCACAAGUGCUGAAACUGAAGCCCCAAGCGAGAAAUGGAGAGAAUUGUCCACAAAAACCUCAAUGUAAACGGCAUUAACAUGCACGUAGCCGAAAUAGGCGACGGCCCCGCCGUCCUAUUCCUCCACGGCUUCCCUGAACUCUGGUACUCCUGGCGCCACCAGAUGCUCUACCUCUCCGCCCGAGGCUACCGUGCAAUUGCCCCUGACCUCCGUGGCUACGGCGACACCGACGCACCGCCCUCUCCCUCAUCUUACACCACUUUCCACAUUGUUGGCGACCUGGUGGCCCUGCUGGAUGCUCUAGGCCUCGACCAGGUUUUCCUGGUGGCGCACGACUGGGGAGCCCUGAUUGCCUGGUGCUUCUGCCUCUUCAGACCCGAUCGGAUUAAGGCUUUGGUAAACAUGAGCGUGCAGUUCCACCCCAGGCAUCCGGAGAUCAAAACACUUCAACGAUAUAGAGAUCUUUUAGGUGAUGAUUUCUACAUGUGCAGAUUCCAGAAACCAGGGGAAGCUGAGGAAGCAUUUGCAUGCGAGGAAAUUACUCAAGUAAUAAAAUCGCUCUUCUCAUUCCGCGGCGGACGGCCUAUAGUCGUGCCCAAAGAACUUGGACUUGAGGUACUUUUCCAGGCUCCGGCAGAACUUCCGCCAUGGCUGACUGAGGAAGACAUCAACUACUUCGCUACAAAAUUCAAGAAAACAGGAUUCACUGGAGGACUGAACUACUAUCGGGCAAUGGAUCUGAGUUGGGAGCUGAUGGGGCCGUGGACAGGAGUUGAGGUGAAAGUACCAGUGAAAUUCAUAAUAGGUGAUGCAGAUAUAACGUAUCAUGUUCCAGGAGUUGAGGAAUAUAUACACAAGGGAGGAUUCAAGAAAGACGUGCCGGAUCUAGAGGUGGUGGUGAUGGAAGGGGUGGCGCACUUCAUUAACCAAGAGAAGGCGGAGGAAGUGAGCCACCAUAUCUACCAAUUCAUCACCAGAUUCUGAUUCCUCAACAGUUGGUGUGCCUCUUUGAACAAGUGUCAUGUUUCUGCUAUGUACUGAUUUUGUAUACCCAGGAAUAAAUUAAGCAUAAUUUAUGUCUUAAGAUUUCUCCAAUGAAUACACAUAUUUUGUACCGCUGCUUGCUUCAAUAUUGAUUCAAGGGGGUUUAUUUAUUUUGUAAAAUAUGAAAUAAAUAUCUACUCUACUGGGAA